CUGAAGAAACAAUCCAGCAAACCAGCACCUGAGCUGCUGAAUGAAUACUCUCGCAAAGUCGACUUCCUCAAGGGACUCCUAGAAGCUGAAAAAUUGACUUCAUCAACAGAAAAGGCUCUGGCAAACCAGUUCCUGGCCCCUGGUCGUACCCCUACGACGGCCAAGGAGAGAACCCCAGCGACCAAAACUGUCCAUCUGCAGACCAAGGCUCGCUGCACAGGCCAGAUGAGGAGUGAGCUGCUUGGUACAGACCCCUUGGCUGCUGAUGAUUCUGAGGAGUUGAGCAUAAGGAAGAGAAAAGGCGUCGCAGCGAGCGAGAAGCAGUCAGCAGUGGAGCUGGAUGCUGUGCUGCAGCACCACCAGGACAUGCAGGAGAAGUUGGCUGAGGAAAUGCUCAGCUUGGCUCGCAGCCUCAAGAACAACACUCUGGCUGCACAGAACGUGAUCAAACAGGACAACCAGACACUGUCCCAUUCCCUCAGGAUGGCAGACCAGAACUUUGAGAAGCUCAAGGACGAGUCCGACCGCCUGGAACAGCACGCGAAGAAAUCAGUCAACUGGCUGCUGUGGAUAAUGUUGAUUGUAGUUUGUUUCAUAUUCAUCAGCAUGAUUCUCUUCAUCAGGAUCUUCCCCAAACUGAAGUGA